AUGAGGGACCCAACUAGCGACAUGGAGCAACUAGAUACGCCACCACAACAGCAGCAGCCGCCGCAUCAGCAGGCAUCGAGUCUGCAGGCUGACCCCCCGCGCAGAAAUAACCAAAAAUCCGUCCGAGUCGCGUUUGGACCCGACCUUGAGACGCAUAUCCCGCCGCGCGAAAAAUCCCCCGCACCACCACUCUCGAACCACCACCGGUCGUUCACAUCCGUCGAACAGAAACAGUUGUUCAUACCGCCGGGUCGACCGACGAGCUCGUCUGGUGAGAACACAAAUACCACGCCGACCGAAAACAGUUCGCGGUAUACUUCAGAUCAUGCGGGAUCCGAAAGUGGUGGUGGUAGUGGUGGCGGAGCAGGACGGCCAACGGCGGUUUUGAAGAGGGCCAAGAGUGAUUAUGGUCCGCGCGGAGGGUUUAGUACGUCUUUGCUUGUGGAUAAUGAAGAUGAGGAAGACUUUGCGAUGAGGCAUGGGUGGCAGGAGGAAUAUACCUCGAGCGAGUAUCUCAAGGUUCUUCAUUCGAACUUCUACAUGUACUUCACGGAAAAGCGCCACGAGACGAAUGGCUUCCCGAGAGAUCCCGUCGGAAGCUGGCCAUCGCAGGACUGGCGAAUGAAGGACCGCCUCAAGACCGUUUCCGCCGCGUUAGCGAUCUGCCUGAAUAUCGGCGUUGACCCGCCGGAUGUCGUGAAGACAAACCCGACUGCCAAGUUGGAGUGUUGGGUUGACCCGACGUCUACUACUGGAGGUGGCCACAACAAGUUGAUGGAGCAGAUCGGGAAGAAAUUGCAAGAACAAUACGAGACACUUAGUUUGAGGACGCGCUACAAGCAGUACCUCGACCCUUCCGUCGAUGAGACUAAGAAGUUCUGUGUUUCGCUUCGCCGGAAUGCCAAAGACGAGCGAGUUCUUUUUCACUACAACGGGCACGGUGUUCCUCUGCCAACACAGUCGGGUGAGAUCUGGGUUUUCAACAGGAAUUACACGCAGUAUAUCCCGGUGUCGUUAUACGACCUACAGCAAUGGCUGGCGGGGCCUAGUCUCUUCGUUUUCGAUGUGUCUCAUGCAGGGAAUAUUGUGCAGAAUUUCCAGACAUUUGUCGAGAAGCAUGAGAAGGAAAACGUCGAGCAGAAGAGACUUGAUCCGAAUGCGCUUGUUCAGAACUAUGGGGACUGCAUUAUUCUUGCAGCUUGUCAGAAAAACGAAUCGCUUCCAACAAACCCGGAUCUUCCAGCCGAUUUGUUCACAUGCUGUCUUACCACGCCAAUCGAAAUUGCGCUGCGGUUCUUUAUCCUUCAAAAUCCCCUGCAGUCCAAUGUCAAGAUCGAUGAAUUCCGAGUUCCCGGUCGUUUACAGGACCGCAGGAGUCCCCUCGGAGAGUUGAACUGGAUCUUUACCGCGAUCACCGACACUAUCGCCUGGAAGACUCUACCACGGAGUCUGUUCAAGAAACUCUUCCGUCAAGACCUCAUGGUUGCGGCUCUUUUCCGGAAUUUCCUACUUAGUGAGCGGAUCAUGCGCACAUAUAAAUGCCAACCAAUUUCAUCGCCCGAGCUUCCCGAGACUCACAACCACCCGCUGUGGAAAAGCUGGGAUCUCGCUGUUGAAAUGGUCCUCGCUCAACUCCCUGCUCUAAUCGACCAUGAGGAGGGCCGUCGGCAAUACGAAUACCAACACUCCAGUUUCUUCGCGGAACAACUUACUGCCUUCGAAGUGUACCUAUCCUCUGGGCCAACUGAGAAGAGCCCACCAGAUCAACUUCCCAUCGUUCUUCAGGUCCUUCUGAGCCAAGCACAUAGGUUAAGAGCCUUGAUUCUGCUCAGUAAAUUCCUGGAUCUGGGACCAUGGGCCGUCCACCUAGCCUUGAGUAUUGGUAUUUUCCCAUAUGUUGUCAAGCUUCUGCAGUCAGCAGCUCAGGAGCUAAAGCCGGUCAUGGUGUUCAUUUGGGCACGAAUAAUGGCCGUCGACCAUACCGUUCAAAAUGACCUCUUGAAGGACAACGGAAUCCAUUACUUCAUCUCUAUCUUGAACCCCAAUUCGCCAAUUCCAGUGGGAAAUGCCAGCGAACAUCGAGCUAUGUGCGCGUUCAUUGUAUCAAUAUUUUGCAAGAAUUAUACCCAAGGACAGAACGUCUGUCUUUCUUCAGAUCUCUUCGAAUCCUGCUUGAUGCACCUGGCGGAUGUUGAAAACCCAUUGCUACGACAAUGGUCCUGCCUGUGCAUCAGCAUGUUGUGGUCUGAUUUCCCAGAAGCCAAGUGGAUGGGAAUUCGGUGUGCUGCCCAUAAUAGGCUUAUCGAUCUCAUUUAUGACCCUGUUCCGGAAGUCAGAGCUGCAAUGCUACAUGCUCUAACAACAUUUAUUGGUAUUCCGGAUUUGACGGAUCAAGUGGCACAUAUUGAGGAAGGCAUCGGCAUUUCUGUGCUGCCCAUGUCAUCAGACGGUAGCGUCAUUGUCCGGAAAGAGCUCCUGGUUUUCUUCUCCACUUUCGUGAAACGCUAUCAGAACAAGUUCCUGGUUGCUGCUUACGAGGAGCUCCAAGAGGAAAAGCAGGCCCUUCUUAAUAAACUGGGCUUGAGUAGCUCUCGCGAUGCACAGCCUAGCGAAAACGGUUCAGAGAGCACAGCAGUCAAGCCGCAGCCAAUGUCUCGGAACACCAUCUUUGGCGCAGUUUGGAAGCAACUUCUCGUUAUGUCUGUCGACCCGCAUCCUGACAUUGCACAGGAUGCAGGGUUAAUUGUUGAUUUUAUGCACUACUGUCUCCUUGACUCACCUAUGGCCACGCUAACUGACCGACUCCGUAAUGAGAUCAUGGAUCUCUCAGACCGAGUUGACCAGCAGUCACAGGUUCGAGAAAGGCCGAAUCCGAAGAGGGCUGCGCCACCACCUCCCCCCUCAGCACCUCCCAAGCAGGAGGGAUACAUCUCGUUGAGUCUUAGGCGAACUGCUAGUGUAGCAGCUUCGCUCAAGAACCUCGCGUUCGGUGGCGCGUCACAAGGAGACUCUCUAGAGUCGUCGGCCCGAACGUCGCCAAAGAGCCGUGGUCCGGCAACCCCACGAGGCCGAGCUCCCCCCGAAUGGACUCGACCUCCUGAGGUCAACGAUCAACUUGCUUCCCCGACAACAUACCAGCGAGCCCCGGUCCCCACGUCCCGAGGGUUUGAACGGAAAGAUCCGUCUUUGGUCCCAGCCAUCCCCUUGAUGAGUAGGUUUCUAGAUUGGUCCACAGAGUACUUCCGGGAACCCCAGAUGAAACCCAACGAGCCCGACGAGCCCGGUAGCUCAGAUUACAACGAGCGUCUGUGGAGACGUAGCCGCAACGAGAAGAUCAUCUCUGAAACACAGCCUCUGAAGGGCAAGGCAGGUAGCACUCGGUGGGAUAAUUCGAUAGCACUGCUGCCCAAUACCACCCAGCCAUUGAAGAUGUGCUUCCACCAGUUUGAAGACCAUAUUGCCGUCGCUGACGACAGGGAUACAAUUACAAUCUGGGACUGGCAAAAUCAUAAGCGCCUCAACCGGUUCUCCAACAGGAACCCCUUGGGAUCUAAGAUUAACGAAGUUCGUUAUAUCAACGAAGAUGACCAGGCACUCCUGAUGACAGGAUCGUCUGAUGGCGUGCUCAAAGUGUUCCGCAAUUAUGAAAACUCAAGAGACGUCGAAAUUGUGACCGCGUUUAGAGCCCUGCCAGAACUGAUCCCCAGCAAUCGAAACGCUGGUCUUGUGCUUGACUGGCAGCAAGGCCAGGGUAAGGCCCUUGUUGCAGGCGAUGUCAAGGUCAUCCGUGUGUGGAACGCAGCUACAGAAGUCUGCACUAACGAUAUUCCCGCUCGCUCCGGUUCUUGCAUCACCUCCUUAACGUCAGACCAAGUGGCGGGUAAUAUAUUUGUCGCGGGAUUCGGUGACGGUGCGGUCCGAGUCUUCGAUCAGCGCCUCAAACCCACGGCGUCGAUGGUCAAAGUGUGGCGAGAACACAAGCAGUGGAUCACCAACGUCCACAUGCAACGCGGUGGUCUAAGGGAACUUAUAUCCGGCAGUCGCAACGGCGAAAUAAAGCUCUGGGAUCUGAGAAUGGAUAACCCCAUCUCAACCAUCUAUGGCACAAGGGACACUCUGCGUACUUUGAGUGUCCAUGAGCAUGCGCCUGUUUUCAUGUUCGGCACAAACCGCCACGAAAUCAAGACCUACAAUGUUGGCGGAACGCACCUCUCCACCUUCGAGCCGUACUCAAGCUUCCUCCAUCACAACCGCUCUUCACCAAUCUCCAGCACCGCAUUCCACCCCCACCGUACCCUCUUCGCCUGCGCCGCUCUCAACGAUAAUCACAUCAACCUCGUGAGCUGCUAG